UGCAUCCGGAACUACACGGUCAAGGCAGGUGAUACGUGUACUUCUAUCUGCGAAACACAGAAUGUCUCUACUUUCCAACUCGCACACAACAACCCAGGGGUGAUUAACGAAGAUUGCACCAAUUUGCAACCGGACGAGGUGCUCUGCCUCGGCAGGGUAAAUCAAGACUGCACAAUUAACACAAGGGUCAAUUCCGGAGAUACGUGUUCAUCGAUCGCAGAAGCUGAAGGCAUUAGCCUGGAAAUUCUCGAGGACAAUAACCCUGGUAUCUGCGAUAGCCUUGAGGCCGGCCAGGUAAUUCCUCUGUCCUUUCCUAGACUAGUAUCUCCGUCUAACAAGACUCCAUGA